UCAUUUUACUUUUAAAACGGUAUUCCAGACUUGUUUUGAGAUAUUCUAGCCAUUGGAAGUAUUAAACCGGUGAGUUGGAACUAGAUGAUGAUGAUGAUAAUUGUUCCUGUGCGGACGACAGUCAUAGUCUUCUCAGUGGUAAUGACGCACGUUUCUCGUCACGUCCUUACCCUGACCCCACCACACACUUGCACCGUGCGAACGUACCAGCCACAAAGCAAUGCCUAUAAAAACUACUACUACCGAUCACAGCUCACCAAAGAAGAUCGGAGAGUGGAUGCAAUCGAUGCCGCCAAGCUUCGGUCCGAGUUCCUUCAUGUUCUUCGCGCUCAACGAUCUUCUCAAGUUCCGCUAUCUGUGGAAUUUAGAAAACCUGUGGCAAAUCCUCUGUACCAGGAAACUCCGCGGCCAAACUUCAGUGAGGCCAUGGAGUCUUGUCCGAAGGCAGACAUUCCCAAUCUUAAGGAUCUACUUAAGGAGGAAAACUUUUACUUGAUGACCGAGUCAGGAGAGCAAGGACGCUUGCCUGUGCUGAUUUUGAGCAUGAAGGAAAGCAAACAUCAAAGGCGGCCAGCCGUUGUUUUUCUACAUAGCUCCUAUAAGUGCAAAGAGUGGUUACGGCCAUUGCUCAAGGCAUAUGCUUCACGGGGUUAUGUUGCUGUUGCCAUUGAUUCUCGUUACCAUGGGGAACGUGCUAACAGUAAAACCACCUACCAAGAUGCUCUUGUAUCAUCAUGGAAAAAAGGUGACACAAUGCCAUUCAUAUUUGAUACGGUCUGGGACUUAAUAAAACUGGCAGAUUAUCUUACACAUAGAAAGGAUAUAGACCCAUCUAAGAUAGGAAUCACUGGUGAAUCACUUGGAGGUGCCAUGCCGAUGGUUUUGGCUUUUGCUGAGACCCGCUAUGCGGUGGCUGCUCCUAUAAUUGGGGUUCAGGGAUUUCGAUGGGCUAUAGACCAUAAUAAGUGGCAGGGCCGGGUUGACAGUAUCAAGGCUGUAUUUGAAGAGGCACGGAUUGAUUUAGGCAAGAGUACGAUUGAUAAGGAAGUGGUGGAGAAGGUAUGGGACAGAAUUGCUCCUGGUUUAGACUCCCAAUUUGAUUCACCUUAUACAAUUCCAAUUAUUGCACCGCGCCCUCUGCUGAUCUUAAAUGGCGAAGAUGAUCCACGUUGCCCAAUUGAAGGUCUGGAAAAACCCACAUCAAGGGCCUGCAAAGCUUAUGAGGAGACCCAUUGUCUGGAUAAUUUCAAGCUGAUAGCACAACCUGGAAUAGGGCACCAAAUGACGUCAUCGAUGGUGAAAGAAGCCAGUGAUUGGUUUGAUAAGUUCCUCAAGCAAGAAUGGCUCGUCACUAGGAAUAUUGUAUAGAUGUAAAAUCAAUAUUUGUUAUAUGUCAGAUGUAAAAUGGAUGUUUGUAUCUCAAUUCAAGAAUUGAUGAAUCCUUUAUAUAUGAAAGUUUAAUUUGUGGUAGAAAUUUCUGUAA